UCAUGAAUUUUUUUAAAUUUUGAAUUUUGUAUUUCAGAAAUUUUAAAUGAUUCUGUUUCUUAUUAUUUGGGAAAUUUUACUCCCCUGUUCAUCAGCUUUGGAUUAUUAUUCUCCUGGAUUGAAUGAGAUAUUAUCUGGUUGGAGGCCCCCUUCUCCUUUAUCUACAUUUAACCAAGAGAAAAUAGGCGGAGGCAGUUCUUCUUAUGGAAAACAGUCUGAAACUAUUCAUCGCAAAGCUACAGUACCAGUAUUAGAUGUUCCUGUACAUAUCCCUCCAACAGAGAAGAAUAUUUGUGAUGGAACUAAACCCUAUUGCUUGGACAAUUUGGAUAUACGCAGCAUAGAUGGGACCUGUAACAAUGUGAAGAACCCAUAUUGGGGAGCUAGUGGAGCUCAUUUUACCAGAGUAAACGGACCCAGAUAUGCUUCUAGUCCUCCAGACGCUGAUACUAAAACCAACUCUGAUCCUCUAACAUCAAUUUUACCCAACCCAAAGUUGUUAAGUGCUGCAAUAUUUAAAACUCCCCCCUCCGGAGAACUAAAGAGGGAUACGAGCAAGUCGAUGCUAGCCAUGGCAAUGAUGCAUUUUGUUCUAAACGACCUCAGUUUGCCUGCUGAGCCUGGAAAUACAAAUCUUGAUUGCUGUAGAGAGGAUGUAGAUAAACCUGAGUGCUGGCCUAUUGUAGAUCCUGGAUCUGUAGAGGAGCAGAAUAAUAUUUGUGAAGUAAUGGGAGCUGAGAAGAGAGAGGAAUGUUGCUCCCCUGAUCCUGAAUGGAAAACCUGUGGAGACUGUACUCCUUGCGACUGCGAAACAAAUGCCGACUGUCCCCUCAACAAAGCUUGUGAGGAUUCUCAGUGUAUAGAACCAACUUGUGAAUCUUGCAACGAAGGAGAGUUCUGUCAAACCAUCAACCAUCAACCAACAUGCAGAGAUUGUUCCGAAUUACCACCUAACCCAGACCAGCAAUGGGAAGAUGUUUGUAAUUAAUUUACUAUCUUUAACUAAUUCUCCAACUGCCACUUCUUUCGUCUUAAAUAAAGAGUGUAUCGCAUUUGCUACUUGUGUGGAAUGCACAAUUCGGAAUUUAAUGUUGAAACAAUUUAUUUUCUGUUUAUUUUACUAGCCCCAUGCUAAUACUAAUUGAUGUAUUGAUUUUAUGUAAUUGUUUACUUAUUAAAAUGAUAUUUGUAAUGUUUUAUCUAUUCUUUUUAAAUACAAAUAUUGUUAAGUUCAA